AUGGAGACAGCAUACAGCCCAAUUGCUGUAUUCUGUUAUUGUAUUCUGCUCUUGAUUUUAGUGCUUGCGUGGAAAGUAUUCAACUGGGCGUGGUUAACUCCCAAGAAGCUGGAAAAGCGUCUCAAAGAGCAAGGUCUCAGAGGAAAUCCUUACAAACUUCUCUAUGGAGACUUCAAAGAGAACUCAACCCUUUUCAAGGAAGCUCACUCCAAGCCAAUCAAUCUCUCUGACGACUUCGUCCCAAGAGUUAUUCCUCACUUCUGUGCAGUUGUCAAGAAGUAUGGUAAGAAUUCAUACAUGUGGCUUGGACCAAAACCGAUAGUGAUGAUCAUGAACCCUGAACACAUAAGGGAGAUCACAGCAAAGAUUUACAUCUUUCAAAAGCCUCGUGCUAAUCCACUUACCAAAUUGCUGACACAAGGGCUGGUGAGCUAUGAUGGAGAUAAAUGGGCUAAACACAGAAAACUCAUCAAUCCCGCUUUCAAUGUGGAGAAAUUGAAGCAUAUGGUCCCAUCAUUUUAUGCAAGCGCUAGUGAGAUGUUGAGUAAAUGGGAGGAGAUUGUUUCAACCAAUGGCUCCUGUGAGUUGGAUGUUUGGCCGGAUCUUCAAGCUCUGACUUCUGAUGCAAUUUCACGGACGGCAUUUGGAAGUAACUAUAAAGAAGGAAAAAGGAUAUUUGAACUUCAAAGAGAACAGUCUGAACAUUUCCUAAAGGCUAGAGAAUCAAUAUACAUUCCAGGAUGGAGGUUUUUGCCAACAAAAAGAAAUAGAAGAAUGAAACAAAUUGCCAAAGAUGUGCAAGAAUCUAUUAGAGAAAUUAUAAAUGCAAGAUUGAAGGCAAUGAAAGAAGGGGAAGCUUGUGCUGAUGACUUAUUGGGUAUAUUACUCGAAUCCAAUUCUAAAGAAAUUGAUAAUCACGGCAACAAGGAUUUUGGCAUGACUAUUAAAGAAGUUAUUGAUGAAUGCAAGCUGUUCUAUUUUGCGGGGCAGGAGACCACCUCAGUGCUGCUUGUAUGGACAAUGAUCUUAUUGAGUAGGUAUCCAAACUGGCAAGUGCGGGCUAGAGAAGAAGUUUUGCAACACUUUGGGACUAACAAGCCUGAUUUUGAAGGGUUAAAUCACCUAAAAUUGGUCACCAUGAUACUACACGAAGUUCUCAGACUAUAUCCGCCAGCAGCUACCAUUGCUCGAAGAGCUGCUGUAGAAAUUCAGUUGGGAAAUUUAACUCUACCAGCUCAAGUGCUGUUAUCAUUACCAACAAUAUUGUUGCACCAUGACCCUGAAAUAUGGGGCAAUGAUGUGGAGGAAUUUAAGCCAGAGAGGUUUGCUGAUGGAGUCUCAAAUGCAACGAAGGGGCAAGUUGCGUUCUUCCCAUUUGGUUGGGGACCUCGCAUAUGCAUUGGCCAAAACUUUACCAUGGUGGAAGCAAAACUGGCAGUAGCUAUGGUUCUCCAGCGUUUCUCCUUUGAACUCUCCCCAUCUUAUGCUCAUGCACCCCGUGAAGUCAUAACUAUUCAACCGCAGUAUGGUGCUCACUUGAUUUUGCACAAAUUGUAGUAUGAAAUUAUGAAUAAGUAAU